AUGGCGACCGCUAACCCUUUCCGCAACGUUGGGAGGAAUGGAAUCUACUUGGUUGGAGGGCUGAUCGUGUCUAUCUUUGUGAGUAAGAAGCUCAUAAACUCCAACAAAAAAACGCAGUUCAAUCGCAUGCAGGAGCAGGCCACUUCAAAGGAAGAUUACUACAAAAACUCGGCACACGUAAAACCUGGUUUUCCGUUACCAGCAGGAGAAUUGCAAGACACUAGAAAAAGCGAAUUCGAAGGAUCGGGCUUGAGUUACUUGAGCAGAAAAGGAGGGGACAAACUAGGCUUCAUGGACAGAAAGAGCGGCGGUGCCUGA